AUGUCUGGUAAAGGUACAACUGUCAAGAAAAUCAUUCGCUUCAAAAGCGAUACUCCAAUCGAUGUUAUUGAUAAAACCGAAGAGGACAUCAAAAAAAUUGGUGGUGUAAUAACAGGUAAAACUGUGGUAACUGGAAAGACUCUCAUGGUUACCUUACCAGCUGACUCUAUCACUACUUUCGCUGCCAAUGAACAUGUUGAAAAUGUUGAGGACGAUGCUGUUGUUACAAUCCAAUGA